AUGGCGCCCAGCUUCGACACCCUGUCCGAACAGGACCUCCAUGAGGAGGAGGUUGAAAUCGAUUUUUCCGAUCUCAAAGCGCAAUAUGAAGUCCGUCUAGAAGAGGGCCUCGAUGCAUUCGUCGUCAUCGACGGGCUCCCCAUCGUACCUGAGGACAACAAAUCACGACUGAUCAAGUUUUUGUUGAAAAAAUUAAACACCGUUGGCAGAACACGGGAAGAUUCCAUCUUUAUGCCCCUUAAUGAGAAGGGCAUGUCUGAAGGCUUUGCCUUUGUUGAAUAUGAUACACCCGAACAAGCGAUCGCUGCCACAAAACACCUGCAUGGCACACCGUUAGAUAAAAAACACACGCUGGCUGUCAACAAAUUGACCGACAUUGACCGAUAUGGACGAGAGGGCCGCAUUGAAGAGGAGUACAACCCACCCAAAAUCGAGCCAUUCCAGGAGAAAGAGCACUUGCGAUCCUGGUUAGGUGACCACGGUGCGCGCGACCAGUUUGCCAUGUACCGCGGUGACAAGGUUGGCGUUUUCUGGAACAUGAAGAAUAACCCACCGGAGAACGUCGUCGAUCGCGAUCAUUGGACUCAGCUGUUUGUACAAUGGUCCCCUCAAGGAACAUAUCUUUCUUCGGUGCAUCCCCAAGGUGUACAGCUCUGGGGAGGCCCUCAGUUCAGUAAACAGAAACAAUUUCCACACCCCUUUGUCUCCUUGAUGGAAUUUUCCCCUGGCGAAAGCUACAUGACCACUUGGUCCAGCCGUCCCAUCGCGCUAGAUGGCCCUCCUGGAGCACUCUCAUACGAAGAAGAAGGGAAAAAUAUAAUUAUUUGGGACAUAGCUACUGGAAAACCUUUGCGUUCGUUCGUUUCUCAUGAUCUUCCCGUCGCACCCAGCAGCGAAGGUGAUGCCGCACAGGCUAAGAAAAAGGUACAAUGGCCAGCCUUUAAAUGGUCGCCUGAUGAGAAGUUUGUCGCUCGAAUGCUUCCUGGACAGUCGAUUUCUAUCUAUGAGCUACCUCGUAUGAACCUUUUGGAUAAGACAUCCGUCAAAAUUGAAGGCGUGAGAGACUUCGAGUGGUCCCCGGCUACGGUCCAGCGAGAUGGCAUCAAACAUUACGAGCAGUUGCUCUCAUUUUGGACCCCUGAAGAUGGAAACAACCCCGCGAAAGUCGGUUUAAUGAGUGUGCCGUCCAAAGAGAUCGUCCGAACAAGAAACCUGUUCAACGUUUCAGAUGUAAAAUUGCACUGGCAGUCCUCAGGGGCAUACGUCUGUGUUAAGGUCGAUCGACACUCAAAAUCUAAGAAGUCAUUGGCUACAAAUCUCGAAAUCUUUCGUGUUCGCGAAAAGGGUGUUCCAGUCGAAGUCGUUGAUUCACUGAAAGAUACUGUUAUCAAUUUUGCGUGGGAACCUAAGGGCGAUCGAUUUGUGCUCAUUACCACUGGUGAAGCCCCCGCAGGUGCUGCCGUGGCUCCUAAAACUGCAGUUUCCUUCUUUGCCCCAGAGAAGACGAAGGGCGGCGCCAUAGGAAACUUCAAACUUGUGCGAACAAUUGAGAAAAAGACCAGCAAUGGCAUUUACUGGUCUCCAAAAGGCCGCUUUGUUGUUGUUGCCACUGUACAUUCGCAACAAAAUUUCGACCUCGACUUCUGGGAUCUCGACUUCGAAGGCGAGAAACCAGAAAGUGAAAAGGAUCUGAGUGCGAACCUGCAGCUUAUGAAAUCUGCGGAGCAUUUUGGCGUGACUGAUGUUGACUGGGACCCUACCGGCCGAUAUGUAGUUUCCAGUGCGAGCGCGUGGACUCAUUCGCUUGAAAACGGGUUCCAUGUUCACACAUUUUCCGGAAACACGCUCGCUGAACACUCCAUUGAAAAGUUUAAGCAGCUAUUGUGGCGCCCCCGCCCAGCAACUCUUCUCUCCAAGGAAGAGCAAAAGAAAGUCCGCCGAAACCUCCGCGAAUACUCUCGUGAAUUUGACGAAGAAGACAAGUAUGCCGUUGAUAUCGCAAACACCGCUAUUGUGGAAAUGCGGAAGAGACUGCUUAGUGAAUGGACCGCCUGGCUUCAGAAAGAGAAAGAAAUUGUCGAAGAAGAACGUGAAGCCUUGGGCCUGCCUGAGGUGGAGGAGGAGCCAGCUGCUAAGCCCGCUCCUGGGGCAGAAGAUGACACCGUGGUUGAAGAGAUUGUCGAGGAGAUCAUUGAGGAGUCAGAAGAGAUUGUGGCAUGA